AUGUCGUCUUCAGUGGGAAACUCAGGAAUCGUGUUUUGCCAUUGCGGGAAGAGAGCUCAAGUGCGGACGUCAUGGACUCAAGAAAACCCAGGGAGACGAUUCAAUGGCUGCAAGGAUUGGAAUAGGGGUGGCUGUACUUUCUUUUUCUGGGCUGAUCCGCCGAUUCCCAAUCGAGCUUCUGAGAUUAUAUCAACGCUUCAUACUGAAAAUGAGAUACUUGAAUCUGAGCUGAAAUCCUUGGAGAAAGAAAGAAAGCGGCUCAAGACCAUGUUCCUUCAUGGUGGCUGA